GGAUCCAACAAAACCAAAAUUAACCCACACUAAUACUAGUGUUGAUAAAUCAUAACUGGCACACACAUCAAGAAAGAACAACUGUAAAAGUGGGUGAUGGUUUAUCUGACGAUGGCGAUGGUAUCAAUGGCGAAACCCUCGUUUCUACGAGCGGAACAACCCUUAGCUCACGAUCUCACCUCUUCCUCUUCCUCCUCCUCCAACUCUCGCCGCCGUGACCUCGUCUUCAUCGUCAAUCCUCGAGGUGCUAAUGGUCGCACCGGAAGAGAAUGGAAGAAGCUGCUCCCCUAUCUUAGGUUUCGCCUCGGCACUGAUUGUAAUAUAAGCGAAUCUUUGACCGAAGGCCCAUCUCAUGCGAUAGACAUAACAAGAGAGGCCAUACGUGAGGGUGCUGAUGCAGUUGUGGCAGUUGGGGGCGAUGGGACUCUUCACGAGGUUGUUAAUGGAUUCUUCUGGGGUGGAAAACCAGUUUCUAAACAUGAUUCAAAGGUUCCCCGUACAACAUCCCUUGGUUUAAUACCCUUGGGAACCGGGUCUGAUUUCGCAAGAACUUUUGGCUGGUCGAACGAUCCUGUUGACGCCAUUGAACGCUUAGUCAAAGGGUCUAGGUCGCGAAUUGAUGUAGGAGUAAUCACUAAAGAAGGUGGAGAUUUGCAUUACUUCAUAAAUGUCGCCGAUAUUCAUCUGAGUGCAAAAGCAGGCUAUCAUGCAUCUAAAUACAAAAGAUUUGGGAACCUGUGUUAUGUUAUCGGUGCAUUGCAAGCAUUUUUUGGGCAUCAAAACCAUGAUUUAAAGAUUAGAGUCAAUGACGGCGAGUGGGAGCUAUAUCCCAAAGUAACUGCUCUGUGCAUCGGAAAUGCACAAUUCUUUGGCGGUGGAAUGAGGAUCACUCCCAAUGCCCACCCUUCAAAUGGAAACUUUGAGGUGGUGACACUUCAGGAUUUCAAAUGGUACGACUUUAUUCUGAAACUACAUAGGCUGUACAACGGAACACAUCUGUCAGUUAAUAAUGUAUUGUCAAGGAGUGCAUUCUCGAUCGAAGUGGAGGAGGUUGUGGGCAGCAACAGCAUUUUUGUUCAAUCUGACGGAGAGCAUCUGGGAUUUCUUCCAAGAAAAUUCUCUAUUCUACCCUCUGUCAUCAGCAUGAUUUGCUGAAACCGAAAGUAUUUCGAUAUGACGAUAUCCCUUAAUUUUUUUCAUCAUUUUUGGUCAGAUGAAAGAGGACUUUGUUGAUUAGCUAGCAAUCUCAACCGGAACUGGUAAAAUUGUUUCCUAGGCUAGAAGUAUUUAUUUUUUUCGUGGAGUUUAAUAAACUAUGUAUGUAUGUUUGAUUUGUAUUUUGAUAUCUGUAAAAAUGCAACAAUAAUAAAUGCUCCAGCUGAUGAAGGAAGACUUAGCAAUAACAUGGGCGGCUGCAACCCAUUUUGCGCUCUACUCUACAUACAGAUCUGGUCAUCCAAAAUUUUCAUUACGGUGGAUCCGCUUUUGUAUUAUGUUGAGUGGGCGGGUCUCUUUAUAUAUCGUCAAACUAUGUUUAUAUAUGUGGAAAUUCAGAGUGUAAUAUCGAACAUUCAAUCUUGUUUCUGUAUGGUUUUAGUUUACUAUGUUUUAUCACAGUUCAACUCAUCCUUUCUGAUA